CCCCUGUGCCGGAAGUGCUGGUCUCUGUGGGCAACGAGGCCUGGGUAGGUGUCGGGGCCCGGCGCGGUCUCUCUGGCCCCGCGUCCCCGGCCGAGGAGGGCCCAGGCGACCGCUCCUACCCCCUCAAAGCCCCCGUCGUCCUCCGGGCCCGAGAACGGUCCCCGCCUGCCUCGCUUCGCCUCAGGGAGGGCGGUUGGCCCGGGCUGCUCCUCCGCGGUGGCGGGAGAAAGCCAAGACCCAGCUGCAGUUCCGGGGCUGCCAACCUCCAGGCAAGGAUGGGUCGCCGGAAGUCAAAGAGAAAGCCUCCACCCAAGAAAAAGAUGACUGGCAUGCUAGAGACCCAGUUUACUUGCCCCUUCUGUAACCACGAAAAAUCCUGUGAUGUUAAAAUGGACAGAGCUCGGAAUACAGGCGUGAUAUCCUGUACAGUGUGCCUGGAAGAAUUUCAGACCCCCAUCACAUAUCUCUCGGAGCCGGUGGAUGUUUACAGCGAUUGGAUAGAUGCCUGCGAGGCUGCCAAUCAGUAGUAGGAACUGGAGAAGAUGUGCCAGGAGCGAGCAGAAUUUUUGGAUUUGGAAAGUGGGAGGGAGGCAGAAUAUGACUUAAUACGUUGAGGAUCCAGCUUGAGUGGUCUGGAGAUGUAAUUCCAUAGAGGAAUCUGGUUCAAGAAUUUCCCUGAAGUUUAGGAACUAAAGACAGCAUGUAUGAUCCUCUAGGGAAGAGAGGCACUUCCCAUAGCAUCCCAUAUAGGAUUAAGAAGACUUCCGUGUGCCGAGAUACAGCUGCGUUAAUCUCAGUGGAACGUGUUCAUCUGGGGCUUCUGCUUCCCAGCACUAGCGUACAAAGCGUCACACCCUUCUUUUGAUGCGGCAACACUUGAAGAACAAGAAUAAAUACAAUAAACACAAGGGAGAGUCCUCUCCUCCUAAGUAUAGUUUUUAUAGCUUUUUUCCUUACAAUUUCUUUUUCAGAGGAGGUGUCAUGCUUAGAUAUUACUGUGGAGAGGGGUUGGCGAACGAUCUGGCGGGGUGGCAGCUGGAUCUCGGUGUGUUCCUGGUGCUGCCACUUCUGUUCUCUGGUAUAAAUUUGUCCUCAGAGCUCUUUGAUGGAGUGUCCUAGGUAAGCUGAAACUUCUCUUUCGCAGGCCAGACUGGGAAGGCAUAUGCCAUUGCAUUCAAUUACGGGUCCACUUACGUUAUCCCAGAAACAUUUUCCACAGUAACGUUUUCCACAGCUCCACUUUAGAUGUCAUUGUUUUAAAUUGGGGGGUGGGAAACUGUUUUAUUUCAAAAUAUUACUUUAAAAGUCCGAUUUGGUUAUCACUGAUAACUCUAAAGCUAGGUCCUUUAUGUUGCUGGUUUUGGGGGCAUGCGAAUGGUUUGUUACAUGACAAUAAAACCCCUUUAUGCCAGAACAUGAAGUUGUCAUAACCCCGAGAAGUUUUGUCAUACAAACAAUUAGGAGACGCUAGCAUAAGGUAGACGGGUGGUUUUUAACAGCAUGUCGUCAAAUGCCCUCUGGAUACUUGCAUUUUUUUUUUACCUUUCUCGACAAACUUGCCACUGUCUGUGUAAGAACAAUUUACCUGCUUGGGACUUGGAGAGUAAGGGGAGCCGCGGCUGCCUCUCUUUCUUCGUAGACGUUUUGUGUGAGUUUCUGCUGCUGAGCCUGGCAGUCAGAGACGCGGAGAAAUUUUGAACUGGUCUCCUGACCUUGGAGUUUCUUUAUUGCUGCCAUUCCUGUUGGCUCAGGGGGCAUUUGAGGCUCUCCUUGGGCAGAAAUCCCAGCCCCCGAUGUCCAUUCCCAAAUGGCCAUGCCGCCUCAUCAAGCUCCUUGUCUUUAGGGAUCUUGAAUUCCAUAAACAUCGUUGGUGGUGUAAAUAAAUGACAAUUGAAGCAGAA